AUGCCUCAGGACCCUCAAGUUCCUCAGGAACCGCCCCUGCUUCAGGUGUCUCAGGUACGUCAGGAACUGCCCCUGCCUCAGGAGCCUCAAGAACUGCCCCUGCCCCAGGUGCCUCAGGAUCCUCAGGUGCCUCAGGAACUGCCCCUGCCCCAGGUGCCUCAGGAUCCUCAGGUGCCUCAGGAAUCACCUCUGCCUCAGGUGCCUCAGGAGCCUCAAGAACUGCCCCUGCCCCAGGUGCCUCAGGAUCCUCAGGUGCCUCAGGACCCUGAGGUGCCUCAGGAACUACCCCCCUCUCAGGUGCCUCAGGAGCCUCAAGAACUGCCCCAGGUGCCUCAGGAAUCACCUCUGCCUCAGGUGCCUCAGGAAUCGCCCUGCCCCAGGUGCCUCAGGAGCCUCAGGUGCCUCAGAAAUCACCCCCUUUCAGGGGUCUCAGAAAUCACCCCCUUUCAGGGGUCUCAGGAACCGCCCCUGCCCAGGUGCCUCAGGACGCCUCUCCCCCGGAGCUGCGGUUCAUCCCCUCACACCAUGCCGGCCCUGCAGCUGCCGCCCCCAUCUUUGAACAAGAACCAGGCUGCCCUUGCGUGCCUGGAGGCACCCAGCCGACCUGCGCCUGUGGAUCUGUGCCCCUGGCUCAUGCCCCUGGCUCAUGCCCCUGCCACAAGCCUGGCCACCAAGGGCCUGCAGGAGCCCCUGUGUCUGACCGGGCUGGGAGCAGCCCCGGGCGGGAGCCCCCCGAGCCUGGGAGGACACCUCCCCUGCAUGCCCACGCCCUCCAGCUUCGCUUUGCACUAG